CCACAACUUCCUUCUCUUUUAACUGUAUGUAUAUAUCCAGCCAGUAACAUUGUACACGCUCUAGUGUGUGUUAGUUUGUUUGGUUAUUCAUGCAUAUAUACAUACAUAUAUCGAGAUUUAAGUAAUGGAAAAGCAUGCGGAUGUUUCUUCUCCACCACCGACGACUUACGUCCAGGCCGACGCCGUCACCUUCAAGGACCUAGUUCAGAAGCUCACCGGCGCACCCUGCGGUGGUUCAGCCCUCAAACUCCGCUCCAAGCUCGCAGACACCCGGCGGUCGCCCUACAAGCUGCAAGACCGGAGGAAGCACUCCGUUCGUGAUCUCGAGAUGAUCAAACUUUCCGUGAAACCGACUGGGAACUCUCCGGGGAAGACUCGAUCGAAUACGCUUAAUUCUCCGCCGGUGGAGAGCCCCACGACUCCUCUCGGGUGUGACGGGAUGGUCUGCCGCCGGGUAGGGACGGAGUCGCCGCUGUCGGAGGAGGAGAGGGCCAUUGCGGAGAAGCGUUUUUACUUGCAUGCUUCGCCAGGGAAGGUGGAGCCGCCUGUGCUGUUGACUUUGUUCCCCUUGACUUCUCCAAAGCAUGAAUAUUAGAGUGUUUUCUUUUUAUUUCUUUCUUUCCGGAGCUAUUUAGCCCCUAUGAUAUAUAUGGAACCUUAGACAAAAUUAUAUAGUUUAUAUUUCAUAAUUAUUAUA